AUGGCGCUACUGUUGUUCGGACUGGUUUUAUUAGUAGCGGGCGUGAGGAGUGAUAACCACACGGAGAUAGAGUCAUGUGUGGAGGGGGACGGACCCUGGAGCCGAGCUCUGGAGGAAUGGAGCCUCUCAGCGGGCCCCGGCAGACACGGUAAGAACUUCAACACAGGUCGCAUCAUGGCGCUGCCGCAGAGUAAAGGCUACUACGUGUCUGACCGUGUGGAGACACCCUUCCUGUCCCCUCCGCCGCCUCUGUACAGUCAGCAGGGGUACCCGCCCCCGCCGCAGGUCAUGCAGGGGCCGCACGGGUACAAGGAGUGGGAAGGGAAACCUUCACAUUCCGGAAAUGGCAAGAUAGUCAACCGGCCGCCCAAUAAGGAUAAGUUCGCGCCGAGUUAUCCCCCUCAGAGUCAGCGGCCGUCCAUCGACCGUGUGGACGACCCCCCGCGGCGUCAAGUCUCCGAGACCGACCUGUACCUGCUGAGCGCGGUGGAGAAGCUCGCGCACCGAGCGGACUACAUGGAGAAGAGACUGCGGAGACUCGAGGAGACGCUGUACCUGGCGCUGGAGAACAAGGAGCCCGCGCCCGCGCCGUGUCCGGGUAACUUCACCCGCGUGGGGUCGUCGUGUUACUCAGUGUCCUCGGUCCCUCGGGACUGGAAGGACGCGUCCCUGGCGUGUCGCGCCUCACACGCCGCGCUGCUAGAGUUGGACGACGACAAACAGAAGAAAGUCGUGCUGGCCUGGCUGCUGGCUGACAAGGAGAGGAGAGGUGUGGACUACUGGACCGGCGGCCUCAACCCCGGCCUGCUGUGGAUCUGGUCGCACUCCGCCCGCCCGGUCAACGGCAGCGUGGCGGGCGAGGGACGGUGUCUGGCCGCCGUACACGACCCCGCACUCAACACGCACGUGUACAGGGGCAGGGACUGCGGACUCAGGCUGCACUACAUCUGUGGCAAAGACGACGACGGACAGCUGAGUAACGAGGUGCUGCGAGCGGCCAGGGAACUGACGGGGAGGAGGGAGGGAGGAAGGGGAACGACACCUGGCGUACAUUAUAAUAUAUGA